UUUUUUCUAAACCCUUUAAACCCUAGAGUGAAAUUAUGCACACAGUUUAGCUCAGAAGAAGAAAUUAAGAUUCAGAAAUGGCGAUCUCCCUUAGACGAUCAUUAAUUUCUUCGAAGAAUCUCUUUUACGCACUAAGAACUGCAUCCAUCCACUCAUACCAAACAAUUUCUUACUUAAACGCCUCCAAUUUUAUCAAUUCCCAUGAUUCUGCUGUUGCUAACAGUUCUCGAAGUUCGCCGACAGCGGAUCUAUAUCAAUUUUACACUCGGAGAGGAUUCGCCAAAGGAAGGAAGCAACCAAUAAAAAAGGAAGAGUCGGAAGAAGAGGAGGAGGAGGAGGAAGAGGAAGAAGAAGAAGAGGAGGAGGAUGUAGAUGACGAGGAAGAAGAGGGCGGUGAUUUAGGGGCUAGGGUUAAGGCUAAUGCUGUAACACUGAUGAAUGCAGCAGUUGAUGCACUGUCUCGAGAAUUGACUAAAUUGCGUACCGGAAGGGCAUCGGCAGGGAUGCUUGACCACAUUAUGGUUGAACAAUAUGGUGUUAAGACGCCUCUUAACAGGGUGGCAGCUGUCUCAGUAUUGGACUCAAAAACCUUGUCGGUCACUCCAUAUGACCCUAAUGCCCUGAAGGAGUUGGAGAAAGCCAUCAUCUCAUCUCCACUAGGAUUAAAUCCCAAGUCUGAUAACGAACGACUACUUACACCUAUACCUCCAUUGACCAAAGAACACAUGCAAGCUGUGUGUAAGGUGGUUACAAAAUCAUCUGAAGAUGUGAAGCAAAGCAUAAGAAGAGCCCGCCAGAAGGCACUGGAAAGCAUUAAGAAAGCAGCACCGAAGAAAAAGGACAAAGAUAAAUCUGGUUCAAGUAUAUCAGAAGAUGAUGCAAAACGACUCGAGAAAGAAAUUGAUGAGUUGACCAAAAAGUUUAUCAAGACAGCUGAAGAUAUGUGCAAGGCCAAAGAAAAGGAAAUCAGGGCUGGCUGAAUUUGGGUAUUUAGGUUAAUUAGAUUUUAUUUUAUAAAAAAUGAUUAGAUGUUGAUUGGAAAAAGGUAUAGCUGGAUGUAUGAACAGCUGUAAAGCCCCAGCUCAAAAUGAAUUAAAUUUACUUUAUAUGGAAAAACAAAAAUUGUUGGUGGUUUUAUUACAGAAGUAGUAACAAUGCCAGUUUGUUUUGACCAUGUUUGAGAGUGACAUGUCAACCUACUCGUGUUGUCUCUUACUUGAUAAAUUAGCAUCU